UUCAUUUUCAAUACCACUCCUUUAGCAGCUUAAAACUAGAAUUCAUGGCCACCAGCAUCGAUCCAAAGUUGAGUGAAGCAGCUCGAUUAGGAAAUAUUGAUGCCUUUUACGCUAUAAUUCAAGAAGAUCCGUACAUGUUAGACCACAUUGAUCAGAUCCCUUUCGUUCAUACUCCACUCCAUAUAGCUGCACAUGAAGGCCAAAUUCUUUUCGCAAUGGAGAUGAUGAACUUGAAGCCUUCAUUUGCCAGGAAGUUAAACCGAGAUGGGUUUAGCCCCAUGCAUUUGGCACUGAGAAAUGGGCAGAUCAAGCUAGUGCUGGGACUGUUAAAGGCCGAUAAAGAUCUGGUUCGUGUCAAAGGAAGGGAAGGGAUGACUCCUUUGCACUGGGUAGUUACAAUGGGAAACUCCAACCUGUUGAUCGAGUUCCUUGAAGCUUGCUCUGAAUGCAUUGAAGAUGUGACGGCUCUGAAUGAGACUGCCUUACAUCUUGCUUUGAAAAAUGAUGAGACCGACGCUUUUAAUCUCCUAAUUGGGUGGCUUCAAACGAACUGUCGUAAAGGAGCCUUAGCCUUGGAAAAGAAAGUUUUGAAUUGGAGAGACAAUAAUGACAACACUAUGUUGCAUAUUGCUGCUAGCAAGGGACUACGUCAGGAACUACGGCUGGUGUUAGAUUCCUUUGUCUUAUUCAGUAUCGAUCUACAAGCCAAGAACUCACAGGGUUUGACAGCUCUAGAAAUCUUACGUGAUGUUCGACAAGCGGUGAACAGCUCCGAAGAUGACACCACCACCACCAAGAUUAAACGCUUAAAGAAAAAAGUACAUACUUAUAAAAUACUGGGUAGAUCGGCAGCUCGUUCAAGGGCCAACCUGUCGGCAGAGAUGCUCAACGCACUGCUGGUGGUUCUGGGGUUGGUUAUAACAGCAAUCUACCAAUCAUCACUAAGCCCACCGGGCGGCGUUUGGCAAGCUGAUAACACUAACAGUUCUACUAGUGAUCCAUUAUUCCCCACCUCAAAUAACGUUACUCUUCACUUCAUAGAAGUGAAGGGAUCCAUUGCCAAGCAUCUGAUAGGAGCUGAAUCGAGGAAAGCUGGUACCACAACCAUGGAACCCGUGCCGUAUUUCAUAUUUUUCUUUCUGACCAGUACCGCAUUUAUGGUUUCGAUUUUGUACACGUUAUGGUUUACUUCACAUGUUUCUUCUAUAGUAGUCGGUCCGGUUUAUUUUCUGGGCAUCUCCUACUUUUGGUCCAUGGCAAUAUUAGCCCCGUCGGCUGAUUUGUCAGGAAUCAACAUUCUUUACACGUUUGUAUUCUUUACGGCGCCGUUUUUAGCAUUGUCAGUCCGCAUCUUACGGCAUCUGGUGUCGCCGUCGUCAAAUUACACAGAAUGGAUCCACUUACGUAUAGCUGUCUGCGGUGCACGCAAUGUUGGAAUCGCUCAAAUCUUCCGUUUUUUGAUUCUUCCACCCUAUAUAGCCUAACAUUUGUGCUUUCGAUUCUUUGCACGUUAUUCAUUCUUUCCGAUGUUUGUCUUUUACUUCUCGCCCCGCUUAAUUUACUGGGCGUCUCCUACAAAUGUUGGAAUCGCUCAACGCUUGCGGAGGGUAAUAAUUGGCUUCUAUCUUGGAUGUAAUGUUACUUGUUUUAUGUUUAAUUCAUGUUUUGUUUGGGCA